AUGUCGAUCAAGCAAGGCAAUAGGACAUUCGCGGACUACCUCUCUGACUUCGAGACUUACUCUCGUCGUACCGGCUGGUCAGAUAAUGACCUCUACGAUCGUCUCAAGUCCGGGAUGAACUCGGAUUACCUCAAUAGGCUGUCCUACUUUGCCCCCCUGGCCACAGACUACAAUCUGGUAAAAGUCUCGCAGCCUCGGUCAUCCACAACACGCUCUUCUGGCUUCCGCGACCCGAAUGCUAUGGAUAUCGACGCUAUGGAGAUCUCCGCCUCACGCUUCGACGAUCUCUUCCAGGGUCUCAAGGACCCCGUGGAAAUCAAAAAACAGUACAACAAGCUCAUGGUCGGUCGUUGUCGCGUAUGCGGUUCCAAAGGUCACAAGGCAGAUGGCACACAUGAAGAUACCAAAUGCCAACAUUGCGGUAAACCCGGUCACUGGAAAAAGCUCUGCCUGUCAAGACUGAACGGACAACCACCGAAGUCGCAAUCAGUCCGAGCUUCAUCGUCGACAAGUCCCUCGACAUCUGCAUCCAUCUCCGCGUUGCAAGACUCAGCUGCCGAUGUAGCUAGUCUCAAGGACAUGAUGUUUCUGAUGCAAAAACAACAAGCCGAGCUAAUGGCAAAGCUUAGCCAGGGUUUUUAG